AUGAACGCCCUCCGCGUGGAGGCGGAUGAGGCCCAGGCCCAGGUGGAGGAGCUCAAGAACAAGGUCAAGGCGCUGGAGCAGGAGAACCUGGCCAAGGAACAGGAGAUCACGUCCCUGACGCACCGCAACCAGGUGCUGGAGGCUGAAAUAGAGAAGCUGGAAGCCGCCCUGAAGGAGGCCAAGGAGAAGGCCGACCAGAGUGCCCAGCACGACACCCAGAACGAAGCCUUGCAAAGGCGUCUUCAACUGCUCGAGGAGGAGGCCGAGCAGGCCGACAAGAAUCUGCGGGAAACCAACGAGAAGCUUCGCCAGACCGACGUCAAGGCUGGCCACUACGAGCGGAAGGUCCAGGCGCUCGAGGCGGCUCGCGACCAGUGGGAGGCCAAGUACGAGGAGAUGGCCAAGAAGUACGCAGACCUGCAGAAGGAACUGCACGACUUGGAGGUUUCGAUAAGCAACGUUUAA